UGAUUCGCGAGGGGGCGUGAAGAAGGAAUUUAUUUAAACAUUAAAAUGGCCCGAGAGAGACACACAUGCAAACGUGUGCGUAUCAGAGAGUGCGGCAAUCAAUUCAAUUUAAUAAAGGUGCUCGAGAAUUGUGAUAAACACGACAAAUUACGUAAAGUUUCGCACAAGUGGUUGCUGUUGCUGCUGCUCCAGUGCCCCCAAGCCGAGAGUGUCCCCAAUAACAGUUAUCACAAAUCGAAGCGGUGUAUCACCUGUCCGAAAGAAUGUCGAGCAACGCGAUCCACAAACAGCCUCUAGAGCAGCCACAGCAACAGCAAUUCGCCCUGCUGCCAAAGAUCAUUAACGGUGGCAUAGCAGGAAUCAUUGGUGUAACAUGUGUUUUUCCCCUGGAUUUGGUCAAGACGAGGCUGCAGAACCAGCAAAUCGGACCCAAUGGAGAACGCAUGUACAAAAGCAUGUUCGAUUGCUUCCGCAAGACGUACGCUGCAGAAGGAUACUUUGGCAUGUACCGCGGCUCUGGCGUGAACAUCCUGCUGAUCACUCCUGAGAAGGCCAUCAAGUUGACUGCCAACGACUACUUCCGCCACAAGCUCACCACCAAGGAUGGCAAACUGCCCUUGACGAGUCAAAUGGUUGCCGGCGGUCUGGCCGGUGCAUUCCAAAUCAUUGUCACCACGCCCAUGGAACUCCUUAAGAUCCAGAUGCAGGACGCUGGUCGAGUGGCGGCGGCGGCUAAACUUGCUGGAAAGUCGGUGGAAAAGGUGUCGGCCACCCAACUGGCGACGCAGCUGUUGCGGGAGAAGGGCAUCUUUGGGCUGUAUAAGGGAAUCGGAGCCACAGGAUUGCGUGAUGUUACCUUCUCUGUCAUUUACUUCCCACUGUUCGCUACGCUCAAUGAUCUGGGACCACGCCGUAAUGAUGGCUCUGGCGAGGCGGUAUUCUGGUGCUCCUUCCUGGCGGGCUUGGCUGCGGGCUCCACCGCUGCCCUGGCGGUUAAUCCCUUCGAUGUGGUCAAGACGCGCCUGCAGGCGAUUAAAAAAGCCGACGGCGAGAAGGAGUUCAAGGGUAUAUCCGAUUGCAUCACGAAAACGUUGAAGCAUGAGGGUCCCACGGCCUUCUUCAAGGGCGGUCUGUGCCGAAUGAUUGUGAUUGCUCCCUUAUUUGGCAUUGCCCAGACGGUCUACUAUUUGGGUGUGGCCGAGGGUUUGCUGGGUGUGCAAAAAAAGUAGAGAAAU